AUGGAGCAAAAUGGCCUUGAUCACGACAGCAGAUCUAGCAUCGAUACGACCAUCAAUGACACCCAGAAGACCUUUUUAGAAUUUAGAUCUUAUACCCAACUAAGUGAAAAAUUAGCAUCCAAUCCCUUUUAUGCGACACCACACCCGGACGACGAUAGUCUUAAAGGGGUAGCCUCUGCAGUGUCACAAGGUUCCGAAUCUGUAGUCUCAUGGACAACUUUAACGCACGUAUAUUCCAUCUUGGGUGCUUAUGGAGGACCCACGUGUUUGUAUCCGACAGCCACGUAUUUUUUGAUGGGCACUUCUAAGGGAUGCGUACUCAUUUUUAAUUAUAACGAACAUUUGCAGACAAUCCUAGUGCCGACCUUAUCUGAGGACCCUUCUGCUCACUCAAUAAGAAGUCCAGUGAAAUCAAUUGUUAUAUGUUCCGAUGGUACCCAUGUGGCUGCCUCAUACGAAAAUGGAAGUAUAUGCAUUUGGAACUUGAAUGUAGGGUAUAGAGUGAAACCCGUUUCUGAACCAACAAAUAGUAUGACCCCAACGCCUGCCUUGCCGGCAGUCCUACAUAUCGAUGACCAUUUAAAUAAAGAAAUCACCGGGCUGGACUUUUUCGGUGCUCGACAUACAGCCUUGAUUGUUAGUGAUAGAACAGGUAGAGUAUCACUCUACAACGGUUAUAGAAGAGGUUUUUGGCAGUUGGUUUAUAAUUCGAAGAAAAUUUUGGAUGUGAACUCUUUUGAUGAGAAACUAAUAAGAUCAAAGUUAUCUCCACUAAUAUCACGAGAGAAAAUUUCCACCAAUUUGUUGAGCGUACUCACAACUACUCAUUUUGCCCUUAUUUCAUUAUCUCCACAUGUUUCUUUGAUAUUUCAAGAAACCAUUGAACCUUCAGUACAAAACUCCCUAGUCGUGAAUAGCUCCAUUUCAUGGACUCAAAACUGUUCCAGGGUUGCUUAUUCUGUAAAUAAUAAAAUUUCCAUUAUUUCAAUGUCUUCAUCAGAUUUAAAUGUUCAGUCCGCUAAACAUUCCCCUGAAUUUGCAGAAUCUAUAUUAUCCAUUCAAUGGAUUGAUCAGCUCCUACUUGGUGUUUUAACCAUAUCUCAUCAGUUUUUGGUAUUGGAUCCCCAGCAUGACUUCAAAAUCCUGUUAAGAUUGGAUUUCCUGAUUCAUGAUUUAAUGAUCCCGCCUAAUAAAUAUUUUGUAAUAAGCAGAAGAAGUUUCUACCUGUUAACGAACUACUCAUUCAAAAUCGGCAAAUUUGUGUCCUGGUCAGAUAUUACUUUAAGACAUAUAUUGAAAGGCAAUUACUUGGGUGCAUUAGAGUUUAUAGAGUCACUUUUGCAACCUUAUUGUCCAUUGGCGAAUCUGCUAAAAUUAUACAAUAACACGGAAGAGAGGUCUAAACAACUUAUGGAACCAUUUUAUAAUUUGUCUUUGGCUGCCUUAAGGUUUCUUAUAAAAAAAGACAACGCUGACUAUGGUAGGGUGUAUCAACUAUUAAUGGUUGUUGUUCGUGUUUUUCAGCGAUUUUCCAAAAAAUUAGACUCGAUUCCUUCUCUAGACGUCUUCUUGGAGCAGGGUCUGGAAUUCUUUGAGUUGAAGGAUAAUGCAGUAUAUUUUGAAGUUGUAGCAAACAUUGUUGCACAAGGAUCCGUUAUGUCAAUUACCCCAGUUCUUUUCAGGUCAAUAAUUGAUUACUAUGCUAAGGAGGAAAAUUUAAAAGUAAUUGAGGACUUGAUUAUUAUGCUAGAUCCUGCUACACUAGAUGUGGAUCUAGCUGUCAAAUUAUGCCAAAAUUAUAAUUUGUUCGAUUUAUUAAUAUAUAUUUGGAACAAGAUUUUUGAUGAUUACCAAACCCCGCUGGUGGACUUGAUUUACAGAAUUUCUAACCAAAGUGAAAAAUGUGUCAUUUUCAAUGGUCCUCAAGCACCUCCUGAAACGACUAUAUUUGAUUAUCUAACGUAUAUUCUUACUGGUAGGCAAUAUCCACAGAACUUGUCCAUAUCUCCCAGUAGUAAAUGCAUUGAAAUACAAAGAGAACUCUCAGCAUUUAUUUUUAGUGGUUUCUCCAUAAAAUGGCCAUUCAACAGUGACCAUAAGCUUUACAUAUGUGAAAAUCCGGAAGAAGAGCCAGCUUUCCCCUAUUUCCAUCUUUUAUUGAAAUCCAAUCCCAGUAGGUUUUUAGCAAUGCUCAAUGAAGUGUUUGAAGCGUCCUUGUUUAACGAUGACAAUGAUAUGGUUACGUCAGCUGAAGGGCCUGAAUCGAUCAGUAGGCAAUAUGUUACUGACCUAUUAUUGGAUGCUAUGAAAACCACGGAGCAUUCUGACAACAUUAGGGUACUUGUUGCGAUUUUCAUUGCAACCAGUAUAUCAAAAUACCCUCAAUUUAUCAAAGUAUCUAAUCAAGCGCUAGAUUGCGUUGUUAGUACUAUAUGCUCUUCCAGAGUUGAAGGUAUAUACGAAAUUUCUCAACUAGCUUUAGAAGCACUUCUACCCUAUUAUCAUUCAAAAACAGCUGAAAAUUUUAUACUGGAGUUAAGAGAGAAAAAGUUCAAUAAAGUUCUUUUCCACAUCUAUAAAAGUGAAAAUAAAUACUCCAAUGCACUUUCACUUCUUUUAGAAACUAAAGACGUCGAAAAAGAAUAUAACACUGAUAUUGUAUCAAUAACUGAGUAUAUACUCAAAAAAUGCCCAUCUGGAAGUCAGGAAUGUAGCAAAGUUAUUGAAGUUAUCGAGAAGAACUUUGAACUUCUUCUUUUAAGGAUUGGUAUCGAGAAAUGUGUGACGAUUUUCUCUAACUUUGACUAUAGCCUUCAUCAAGAAAUAUUAAAAGUAAAGACUGAAGAAACCCAGCAAAAAUAUUUAGAUAAGCUUUUCUCUAUUCCAAAUGUCAACAAUAAGGUCGAUAAGCGUUUAAGGAAUUUGUACAUCGAGUUGAAUAGUAAACUAAAGAGUAAAAGGGAAAUGAUUCUUUGGCUAAAUAGUACAGAUCUCAGCAAUGCUGAGAGCUUACAUGUUCUGGACUUACUAAAUCAAGAUUCUAAUCUUGAAGCUGCAGCUAUAAUUCAUGAACGCCUAGAAAACUUCAACCUAGCAGUCAGGGAUUUAUUGAGCUUUAUUGAACAAUGUUUAAAUGAAGGGGAAACAAAUAUAACUACUUUAUUGGAUUGUUUGAGGCGGGCAUUUGAUGAUUGUAAUUCUGCUGGUGCUGAGAAGAAAUCGUGUUGGAUAUUAUUGAUUACAUUUCUAAUCACUCUAUAUGGGAAAUACCCUGCACACAAUGAAAGGAAAGAUUUAUGUAAUAAACUACUGGAAGAAGCAUUUUUGGGAUUGGUUAGGUCCAAAAGUUCCUCUCAGAAGGAUUCGGGUGGGGAAUUCUGGGAAAUAAUGUCUUCUGUUCUUGAGCACCAAGACGUUAUUCUAAUGAAAGUUCAAGAUUUAAAACAACUACUAAUGAAUGUUUUUAAUACUUACAAAUUGGAGAGAUCGCUCUCUGAGUUGAUUCAGAAGGUAAUAGAGGAUUCUUCGCAAGAUCUUGUUCAGCAGUAUAGAAAGUUUCUGAGUGAAGGGUGGUCUAUACACACCGACGACUGCGAAGUCUGCGGGAAAAAAAUAUGGGGAGCUGGCCUGGAUCCAUUACUUUUUCUAGUUUGGGAAAAUGUACAGCGCCACCAGGAUAUGAUUAGUGUAGAUCUCAAAACUCCCCUUGUCAUAUUCAAAUGUCACCAUGGCUUUCACCAGACUUGCCUCGAAAACCUGGCUCAGAAACCCAAUGAAUAUUCUUGUUUAAUUUGCCAAACAGAAUCUAACCCAGACUAA